AUGAGAGAGACUGUAAUACUGUUAGACCCAAACAUAACACGUGUUUUCUCAACUAAAACAAGAAAUGCAUUGAAAAUGUUUUAAGCAAUGCUUUAAAAUCAUUGAUUGAUUCAAACAUUUUUUUAAAUAGAUUUUAAAUAAUAUAAUAAUUAUUAACUGAUUUGUCGGCCGAAACAAAACAAAAAAAAAUGUUGGUCUUGUUUGAGACGGCCGUCGGUUACGCUAUAUUUAAGCUAACCGAUGAGUCCAAGUUAUCGAAAGUGGACAGUCUGUACAAAGAGUUUGAAUCGUCGAAAAAAGCUAACAAAUUGUUGGCAUUACAACACUUCGAGCGAUUCAAAGACACCACUGAAGCGAUCAGUUCGGCCACAGCACUGAUCGAAGGAAAGAUGAACAAGAAGUUGAAGAAAAUGCUGAAAAAGAUUGUAUUGACAGACGUUAGCGAAGAGCUGGCCGUUGCCGAUGCAAAACUGGGAAACGUUAUCAAAGAUAAGCUGAACAUCGGUUGUGUGACCAGUUCGGCCAUUCAAGAGCUGAUGACUGGUAUUCGGUCGCAAAUUGAGAAUUUGGUUCCCGAAUGGUCAGCAGAGGACGAGGCGGCCAUGCAAUUGGGAUUAUCGCACGGAAUCGGUAGAUAUAGACUGAAAUUUAGUCCCGACAAAGUGGACACAAUGAUCAUACAAGCAGUUUCACUUCUCGAUGAUUUGGACAAAGAGUUAAACAAUUAUGUAAUGAGAAGUAAGGAAUGGUAUGGUUGGCAUUUUCCCGAAAUGGCCAAAAUAAUUACCGAUAAUACAGCUUAUAUACGAACCGUUUUGACAGUCGGAAUGCGUACCAAUGCUGUCAACACUGAUUUGUCGGAUAUUUUGCCGGAAGAAAUUGAAGCAAAAAUUAAAGAGAUGGCAGAGGUUUCAAUGGGAACCGAGAUUGCCGAAGAAGAUAUGAUUAAUAUUCAUCAGUUAUGCCAAAAUGUUUUAGACUUACAGGAAUAUCGGACACAAUUGUUUGAAUAUUUAAAAAACCGAAUGUUAGCUAUUGCUCCCAAUUUGACAGUACUUGUCGGCGAAUUGGUCGGCGCCCGACUCAUAUCGCACGCCGGUUCCCUAAUGAAUCUGGCCAAACAUCCGGCCUCUACUGUCCAGAUAUUGGGCGCCGAAAAAGCGUUGUUUCGGGCCUUGAAGACCAAACACGACACCCCUAAAUACGGUCUCUUAUAUCACGCUCAGCUCAUUGGCCAAAGUAAUCCGAAACUUAAGGGCAAAAUGUCCCGUAUGUUGGCCGCAAAAGCAUCUCUGGCUACUCGUGUCGACGCUUUGGGCGAAGACUCGUCAAAUGAAUUGGGAGUCGAACACAGAGCCAAACUCGAGGCCCGACUUAAAGUACUCGAAGAUUCGGGUCUGCGAGCGAUUAGCGGUACCGGAAAGAAAAGGGCGAAGUUUGAAAAGUAUGACAACAAAUCACAGAUACAUACAUAUAAAGCUGCGGCCGACUCGACAAUAGCCCACUCGGGUAGUAAACGAAAGACAUUUGACGAAUCCGAUGAAGAAGUCGGCGAAUCAUCUGAUGUUAAAAAAGUAAAAACAGAAGAAGAAGAUUCAGAGGAAGAGGUAAAGACGCCUAAGGAUUCUAAGAAAAAGAAGAAGAGAGUAAAGGAAGAGCCAGUAGAGGAAGAGGUGGCUCAAGAAGCAGAAGAAGACGAAGGCGAGAGUCAAUCGUCGGCUAAGAAGAAAAAGAAGAAGAAGAAGAAAGAGAGUGCAGAAUAAAAAAAAUAAUAGUAUUUUUUUGAUUGCAUUGAAAAUUUAGUAAAUCAUUUAAUUUUUAAAAACAAUUAUUUAAUCAUUAAAUUUGACAAUUAUUUUAUCUAUAAAAUAAA